UAGUGGAAAAAAUAGGAAGAAAUUAUCAAAGGACACAAUUGCCUCAUCCUCCCUCUAUCUUUUCAUGUUGAACCAUUUUGGUAUAGGCACAUUUCGCCCUUAUACCCUUACCUUUUCCUGACAUCUUCGAACAGAAAAUUUUUCAGGCACCCAAUUGAACUUGCCUUACUUUCAAGGCUAGAACAAGUGAAGUGUUUCCACCAUUCUGGAAAUGCAUAGGUGCAGAGAUCAGUUUUAAUGCAAAUGUCAUAAACUCCGCAAUCAAUUAGGCCAAGGCUUGAAGAAUUGAUAGGGAAAGGAAUUUUUUAUUUAAACAACAAUGGCAUCCCUAUCUUCCCAACCAUCUAAGAAAGGACAGCGGAGCCCUGGUGGUUCUGGCAACUCUCAGGCUGGCUCACGUAAUUCCAAUGGACAGACUGUAAAAUUUGCAAGACGAACUUCAAGUGGCCGGUAUGUUAGCCUAUCAAGAGAAGACAUUGACAUGUCAGGAGAACUAUCGGGAGAUUACAUGAACUACACUGUGCACAUUCCUCCCACGCCAGACAAUCAGCCGAUGGAUAAUUCUGUAGCUGCAAAGGCUGAGGAGCAGUACGUUUCGAAUUCUCUGUUCACUGGGGGUUUCAAUAGUGUAACACGAGCCCAUCUCAUGGACAGGGUGAUUGACUCGGAGGUCAGUCAUCCUCAGAUGGCUGGAGCUAAGGGGGCCUCAUGCUCAAUGCCUGCUUGUGAUGGCAAGAUCAUGAAGGAUGAGAGAGGAAAUGAUGUAACGCCUUGCGAAUGCAGGUUCAAAAUCUGCAGGGAUUGCUACAUGGAUGCUCAAAAAGAAACAGGCCUAUGUCCAGGUUGCAAGGAACCAUACAGAGUCGGAGACUAUGACGAUGACGGGCCAGAAUAUUCCAAUGGAACAUUAAAAUUGCCUGCACCGGAUGGUAAAAGGGAUCCCAAUAAUAUGUCUAUGAUGAAAAGGAAUCAAGGAGGAGACUUCGAUCACAACAGGUGGUUGUUUGAGACAAGUGGUACUUAUGGCUAUGGUAAUGCUUUCCGGCCUCAAGAUGACAUGUAUGGAGAUGAUGAAGAUGAGAGGCUUCAUGGGGAGUUGAUGGAGAACAAUGAUAAGCCUUGGAAACCCUUAAGUCGGAGGAUUCCAAUCCCUGCAGCCAUCCUUAGCCCUUACAGGUUGUUGAUUGCAACUCGAUUGGUGGUGCUGUGCUUCUUCUUACACUGGAGACUGGUGCAUCCAAAUGACGAUGCAAUAUGGUUGUGGCUCAUGUCAAUUGUGUGUGAAUUAUGGUUUGCUUUCUCCUGGAUCCUUGAUCAGAUUCCUAAACUCUGUCCAAUCAACCGUUCCACGGAUCUUGAGGUCCUCCGCGAAAAGUUUGACAUGCCAUCACCAUCCAAUCCGACAGGCCGCUCCGACCUCCCUGGAGUGGACCUGUUUGUAUCCACUGCUGAUCCGGAGAAGGAGCCACCGCUCGUCACUGCAAAUACAAUCCUUUCUAUAUUAGCAGCUGAUUAUCCUGUAGAAAAGGUUUCUUGUUACAUCUCUGAUGAUGGAGGCGCCCUCCUCACCUUUGAGGCAAUGGCAGAGGCUGCGAGUUUUGCUGAUUUAUGGGUUCCAUUUUGUCGAAAACAUGAUAUCGAGCCUAGGAAUCCUGAAACCUACUUCAGCUUAAAAGUUGACCCAACUAAGAACAAGAGCAGGUCUGAUUUUGUGAAGGAUAGGAGAAGGAUGAAGAGGGAGUAUGAUGAGUUCAAGGUGAGGAUCAACGGGCUUCCUGACUCAAUCAGAAGGAGAUCGGAGGCAUUCAAUGCGAGGGAGGAAAUGAAGAUGCUGAAACACCUUAGGGAGACCGGGGCUGACCCUUUGGAGAAACCAAAGGUCCUAAAGGCCACAUGGAUGGCUGAUGGCACCCACUGGCCUGGAACUUGGUCUGUUCCUUCCAGUGAACAUUCCAAGGGGGACCAUGCUGGAAUUCUCCAGGUGAUGUUGAAGCCGCCUAGUCAUGAUCCACUUAUGGGAAAUAGUGAAGAUAAACUCUUAGACUUCACUGAUAUAGACAUACGGCUCCCAAUGUUUGUUUAUGUAUCACGGGAGAAGCGUCCAGGCUAUGAUCAUAACAAGAAAGCGGGUGCAAUGAAUGCUUUGGUGCGAGCAUCUGCCAUACUGUCCAACGGCCCAUUCAUUCUUAACCUUGAUUGCGAUCACUAUAUAUACAACUGCAAAGCUAUUCGCGAAGGAAUGUGCUUUAUGAUGGAUCGAGGUGGCGAAGACAUCUGCUACAUUCAGUUCCCUCAGAGAUUUGAAGGCAUUGAUCCUUCUGAUCGUUAUGCUAAUCACAACACCGUGUUUUUUGAUGGUAACAUGCGUGCCCUUGAUGGUGUGCAGGGCCCUGUUUAUGUGGGAACUGGCUGCAUGUUCAGGCGGUUUGCAUUAUAUGGGUUCGAUCCUCCAAAUCCUGAGAGAAUGACUCAGGUGAAAGAGAGCGAAACACAACCAUUAACGACCAGUGACUUUGAUCCUGAUCUUGAUGUGAAUCUAUUGCCCAAGCGAUUUGGAAAUUCUACGUUACUGGCGGAGUCUAUACCAAUCGCUGAGUUCCAGGGCCGCCCGAUUGCAGAUCAUCCUGCCAUCAAAUUUGGACGGCCUCCCGGUGCUCUCAGAAUCCCACGAGAACCACUUGAUGCCGCUACUGUUGCUGAAGCUGUCUCCGCCAUUUCUUGCUGGUACGAGGACAAGACUGAAUGGGGUGACCGCGUAGGUUGGAUUUACGGUUCAGUCACGGAAGAUGUCGUGACAGGCUACCGCAUGCACAAUCGUGGCUGGCGCUCUAUCUAUUGUAUCACCAAGCGCGACGCCUUUCGAGGGUCAGCUCCUAUUAACCUCACUGAUCGACUUCACCAGGUGCUGCGGUGGGCCACGGGAUCAGUUGAAAUUUUCUUCUCGAGAAACAACGCGUUCCUUGCUUCUAGGCGUCUCAAGAUACUUCAGCGCCUGGCUUAUCUUAAUGUCGGCAUCUAUCCCUUUACGUCCAUUUUCCUCAUUGUCUAUUGCUUCCUCCCUGCACUUUCACUUAUAUCCGGACAGUUCAUUGUGAAAACACUAAACGUUACGUUUUUGGUCUACCUAUUAAUCAUAACCAUUUGCCUCAUCAUGCUAGCAAUCCUAGAGGUGAAAUGGUCCGGCAUUGGAUUGGAAGAGUGGUGGAGGAAUGAACAGUUUUGGCUCAUUUCUGGUACCAGUUCUCACUUAGCUGCAUGCAUACAAGGUCUUCUUAAAGUGAUGGCAGGCAUUGAGAUCUCUUUCACGUUGACAUCAAAGUCAGCAGGAGAAGACAAUGACGACAUCUAUGCCGACUUGUACCUCGUGAAGUGGACUUCAUUGAUGAUCCCACCGAUUGUAAUCGCCAUGAUAAACAUCAUCGCCCUUGCGAUUGCAUUCUCAAGAACGGUUUACAGUUCGGUACCACAAUGGAGUAAGUUCAUGGGAGGAGCUUUCUUUAGCUUCUGGGUGUUGGCGCAUUUGUAUCCUUUUGCCAAGGGUUUGAUGGGCAGGAGAAGGAAGACACCCACAAUUGUCUUCGUUUGGUCCGGGCUCAUUGCAAUCACACUUUCCUUGCUCUGGAUUGCCAUCAACCCGCCAACAGGCGCAGCCCAAGCUGACGGUCUGGGAGGCAGUACUUUCGAAUUCCCUUGAGCAGAAAGGGCUAGUUUUGGUGAUUUUUGCUUCUUGAAUCAAAGACUAUAUCAUAUGGGAACUAACAAUCUCUACUGAUGCUAGUAAAAUACUUGAGAAACUCAGCCAGAUGAUGAAGAUUUCACUGCUAGGAUUCCAUAAAUUUCGAAUGAUGUACAUUAGAAAGGUAAAACAAACAAGGUUUUCUUUUCUUUUUGACAAAAACUACAGAUGAUGAAGCUAGAAUAGAAUUUCUGCUGGAUGAUUUGAGGAAUAACCAGCCGAUUUCCCAGCAAAGGGAAAUGUUCAUAGAACUGUUAAAUUGUAAUUAUUAUAUUCUUUUAAA